AUGCUGUUGCACAAUGGCUUCAAUGCUGUUGAACGGGUUAUCCAGCGUCCGUGCAUAAUUUUUUUGCGACGUUGUCUUAUUCCAAUUCCAACGGUUAUCAAAAGAAACAUGAAGUCAGUGAGCAAUAAAGAAACAAUGGAACAGAACAAGUCAAUUUUAGAAAAAGUUAUGAUAAAAGAUUCUCAAACUACAGCGCAGAAAGUGAAGGAAAAAGCAACCAAUGCGUAUCUGUACAUGGCAUAUGUAGUGUCAAUGAUUGUUAUGGGAGGUAUGGCAUAUUUAUUGUAUGAGGAAAUGCUCGCACCUGGAGCACCGCAAACAGUGUUUUCAAAGGCAUUAUCCUUAAUCAAAAAAGAUCCGGAUUGUCUUAAAUUACUAGGUGAUUCAAUUGUGGGAUAUGUGAAAGGACCUGGACGAAUGAAACAAGUUGCGCAUCACAUUUAUAAAAAAGACGGAAAUGAUAGGACGCGUGUGAUGUUUAACGUGAAAGGUACUCGACGUGAAGGUAUUGUAACCUGCGAAAUGGAAAAGAGUAAUGGAAUCUGGGAAUGGCGCUUUAUUAUCGUUUCAUCUGCUGAUCUUGUUCCAGAAUCUGUUAUUCUAAUAGAUAAUCGUUGA